AUGUCUGAUAGUGAAGAUCAAAAUCAAAUUGGAUCGGAACCAGGUGUUCCACAAGAAGAUGACUUAACUUUUGAUGAAGAAUUCAGAAGAGCAGCGGAUCAAGAAGAUGGAGAAGAAACACAACAAUCAAAGCGUCCACGUGAAAACGAAGAGGUCGAUGAAGAAGACCAAGAGGAGGAGGAAGAAGAAGAAGAAGAAGAUGAUGAUGAAGAUGACGAAGAAGACGAAGUUUCCCAUAAAAGAAAAAGAAGAAGAGGAGCUAAUCAGUUCUUUGAUAUUGAAGCAGAGGUCGAUGAUGAAGAUGAGGACGAUGACGAAGAUGAUGAAGAAGCAGAAAUGUUGAGAGAAGAGUUUAUCACAGACGAUCAUGCCCCAAUUGAAACUGUUGAAAGAGUUGAUACUGAUGAUAGAUUACAUAGACAAUUUGAUAAUCGUCGUCAAAAGGUUCAAGAUGAAGAUGCCGAAAAAAUAGCAGAAGAAUUGAAACAAAGAUAUAGAAAGAGUCAUACUGCCUACAGAGGAGAAACUUCUGCUAGUGGUACAGUAUCCCAAAAGUUGUUGAUGCCUUCUAUUAACGAUCCUUCUAUCUAUGCAAUUAGGGUGUCUCCGGGUAAAGAAAAAGAAUUGGUUCGUAAAUUGUACAAGAAGAAAAGAACCCUUGAAAGACAAGGUACUCCCUUAGACAUUUUGACAGUCUUCCAAAGAGAUGCAUUUACAGGUUAUAUUUACAUUGAAGCUAAAAGACCGGACGCCAUUGACAGGGCCCUUGAGGGUAUGGUCAAUGUCUUUAUGAGAGAUAAGUUAUUGGUCCCAGUGAAGGAGUACCCAGAUUUAUUGAAGCAAGUUAAAACCACUGAUGUUGAAGUUGUUCCUGGUAUCUAUGUAAGAAUUAAGAGAGGUGCUUACAAAGGUGAUUUAGCAAUAGUUGAUAACUUGUCAGAAAACGGGUUAGAUGUACGUUGUAAAGUUGUUCCAAGACUUGAUUAUGGUGUGAAUGAUACGCUAGAUAAAAACGGAAAACGUGUGAAAUCAAAGAUUAGACCACAACAGGCUUUGUUCAGUGAGCACAAAGCCAGAACCUAUGAUCCAGAAAAGCUCCAAAAUGGAAGUGGUCGUGGACAUUUCCGUUAUGCUAACAAUGACUAUAUUGAUGGGUUCUUGUACAAGGAUUUCAGAAUCCAAUUCCUUCAAACACAAGACGUACACCCAAGUCUUGAAGAGUUGGAUAAACUUCAAAUCAAAACAGAUGAAGAUGGUUUGAAUUUAGCUGCUAUUGCUGCCACAUUGAAGAAUAACAAAGGUGACGGUAAGUCUUCCACUGCAUUCCAACCUGGUGAUAAAGUUGAAAUUCGUCGUGGGGAACAAGCAAAGACAAUCGGUCUUGUUACUGAGGCUGCAUUAACUGAGGUGACAAUAAAAGUUACUGAUAGUGGUGAUCCUAAAUUUGUCAACCAAAGAUUAACUGUCCCUGCCAGUGAUUUAAGAAAGAUAUUCAAUGAGGGUGAUCAUGUUAGAGUAGUUGAAGGUAGACAUCUUGAUGAAACUGGUUUGGUUAUUAAAAUCGACGGGGACUCCGUUAUUUUUGUUAGUGAUCAAACCAGAGAAGAUGUUAAAGUAUUUGCCAAUUAUUUGAUCAAAGCGACAGAUGCAUCAUCUAAUGUCGAUCAAAUGAAGAGUAAUUACGACAUAAAGGAUUUGGUAGAAUUGAGUAGUUUAACUGUUGGUGUUAUUGUGAAAGCAGAAAAGAAUAUCUUUGGUGUACUUACCACUGAUGGUCGAUUAAUUGAUGUUAAGCCUUCAGGUAUCGCUUCCAAGAUAAUUCAAAGUCGUCGUGAACAAGUUGCCACAGAUAGGCACGGUAUGACCAUUAGAGUUGGUGACACAGUUAAGGAAUUGUUGGGUGAUAAGUCUCGAGAAGGUGCUAUUGUGCAUAUUUACAAAAACUCGUUGUUUAUCAAAUCUACAGAAGUUAUAGAGAAUUUGGGUAUUUUUGUUGCCAACCGUAUGAAUGUUACCACCGUUUCCACAAAGGAUGCUAUGGUGUCGAAGAGUCUAGGUCCAGAUUUGACAAGUAUGAAUCCAAACUUAAGAUUGCCAAAUCCAAGUGCUAUGGCAGGAUUGAAAACGAGAAUCGGGGGUAGAGAUAAAUUGAUAUACAAAGAUGUUCAAGUGACUAGUGGUAGUUACAAAGGAUUGAAAGGUAAAGUCACUGACGCUGAUGAUGAAUUUGCCAGAAUUGAAUUGCACACCAAGAGUAAGAAAAUCAAGGUGCGUAAGCAGCAUUUGAAUGUUAUGGUACAUGGUGAACCGGUUCCAUAUAUGAGAUUCAUUGGCGCAGCUCCAGAUGAACGUUUUGGAGCCCCAGCUAUGCCUCCAACAUUCUCAAGUGGUGGUAGAUCUACUUGGGGAGGUGCUACUCCUGCUGUUGCAGGUGGUGUUUCUAACGGUGGUGCUUCUUCAUGGGGUGGUGAUAGAGCAGGUGGUGCCUCAACAUGGGGUGGCAAGACCCCUGCUUAUGGUAGUGCUGGUGGUAAAACUCCUGCUUAUGGCAGUGCUGCCGCUGGUGGUGCUUCUACAUGGGGAGGUGCUGGUGCCGGUGGUGCUUCUACUUGGGGCGGUGCCGGUGGUGCUUCUUCUUGGGGUGGAAACCGCGGUGGUGGUGCAUCAACCUGGGGUGGUAACCGUGGAGGUGCCAGUGCUUGGGGUGGAAAUCGUGGUGGUGCGUCUGCUUGGGGCGGAAAUAAAGGAAACACUUCUGCUUGGGGUGGAAACCAGGAAAGAGGUAAUACAUCCAAAUGGGGAAGUAACAAUGGUGGUAGUGGUAAUAGUGGUGCAGAAUCUGCAUGGGGUGGAAAUGGCGGUGCCAGUGCCUGGGGUGGAGGCGGUAACUCUACCUGGGGUAGUAAAAAGGGCAACAACAGUACCUGGGAAGGUAAUAACUGA